AUGGAGAAUACCAGGCCGACACCGCAGAGCCUAAUAGUGGAAUGCGACGAACUACUAGCAGAGAACAGAUGGACCGAGGCGCGAGAAAAACUGGACCAGGCCGUACAGCUAUCAGAGCAGCAGCAGGGGCCCGACCAUGAGGAUUCGCUAGAAACAAAGGCAAUUCUUGCCUACAAUCUUCGCCAGCACGCCGAGUAUCAGGAGGCCGAGACGAUAGAUCGUGCAGUGCAUGCUGCUCGUGUGAGAGUCUUUGGACCGGACCAUGCUGAGACGGCGAAAGCAUUGAAUAAUAUUGCACUGGAUCUUAAGGGCCUUGCUCGGUUCGGUGAGGCUUUUGAUCUCGAGGAGCAAGCGUUAGACAUAUUUAUGAAAGCGGAAGGGGAGAAUUCCCGAGCGACGCAGACGAGCAUGAAUAAUUUGGCGAAUAGCUAUCACCAGCAAGGUCGUUUUGAUGAUGCGGCCAGGUUGCAUGAGAAGACACUGGAGCUUCGGACAAAGACACUCGGUCGUGACCACUUUGAAACAAUCAUGGCCAUGGAUCUCCUGGGUGUUGACUAUCGGGAGUUAGGUCAGGUAGAGAAAGCUGCGAGUUACCAGCAGGAAGCGCUUGGGCUUGCGACAAACAGUCUAGGGGAGGCGAAUGAGACCACGAUUCGGUGUUCGAUAAACCUAGCAUCAACCUACCAGAAAUUUGGAACGGCCGAUGGACAGGAGAAAGCAUUAACCUUGCUGGAGCGGGCUCUGGAGUUAUCCCGCAGAACCCUUGGUGAAGAAAGUCCGGAGACAGUGGGCACUAUGAACAACCUGGCAGUGGCAUAUGUCAGGGCAGAUAAGCUACAAGAUGCUUACCCCUUGUUGAAAGCGGCUUAUGAUAUUAAUAGAAAAGCACUGGGCCCAGAUCACCCGAAAACCCGGGCCUCGGAGGGUAAUUAUAACUAUGUUAUGGAGAAGCUGGGGUUAACUCGGGCUAGCGUUUUUGGCUCCUGA